UGAUGCUAUCUCAAUAAAGGUGAAGGAGGAAGACUUUUUGGGAGUGAAAGAGGAAGAGACAGAAUAUCAGAUUAACACCAGAGAGACACAUGACUAUCGUGGAUCCUCUGGGAAGCCUCAACAACAUCCUGAUGCUGACGAGGAAGAGAAGAGUCUCUCCAGAUCAGAACACCAGAUGGACAACGCUAGCCCUUCCACCCUCUCGGAGUCCCCGUGUCAUGCCUCUCCUGUUAGCACCUUGCUGCUGGUGGACUGCAGGAAAACAAUGGGGCUGAGUGGAACUGUGGGAGGAGGAGAAGAGAGGAAAGGAUCAGAUUUGACUCAAAGAGAAAGACCAGACUCAGAGGAACCAGAGCCAGGGACGUCCAAACCAGCAAGACGACACCAGUGCUCCCACUGUGGAAAGGGUUGUAACCGGUUAUGGGACGUGAAACAACAUGAGAAAAUACACACAGGGGAGAAGACUUACCACUGCUCCCAGUGUGGAAAGAGUUUUAACCAGAAAGCACACCUGAAAGCUCAUGAGAGAAUACACACAGGGGAGAAGCCUUACCACUGCUCCCAGUGUGGAAAGUGUUUCAACCGGCCAGGGCAUCUGAAACUGCACGAGAGAAUACACACAGGGGAGAAGCCUUAUCACUGCUCCCGGUGUGGAAAUAGUUUUAACGAUUUAGGGAAACUGAAACGACAUGAGAGAAUACACACAGGGAAGAAGCCUUAUCACUGCUCCCAGUGUGGAAAGAGUUUUAUCGGUUUAGGGAAACUGAAACGACAUGAGAGAAUACACACAGGGGAGAAGCCUUACCACUGCUCCCAGUGUGGGAAGGGUUUUAAUGAGAAAUCAAACCUGAAAGUUCACGAGAGAAUACACACAGGGGAGAAGCCUUACCACUGCUCCCAGUGUGGAAAGAGUUUUAACAAUUUAGGGACCCUGAAACAACAUGAGAGAAUACACACAGGGGAGAAGCCUUGCCACUGCUCCCAGUGUGGAAAGAGUUUUAACAAUUUAGGGAACCUAAAACAACAUGAGAGAAUACACACAGGGGAGAGGCCUUACCACUGCUACCAGUGUGGAAAGUGUUUCAUCCGGUCAAAGGAGCUGAAAAGACAUGAGAGAAUACACACAGGGGAGAAGCCUUAUCACUGCUCCCAGUGUGGAAAGAGUUUUAACAAUUUAGGGAACCUGAAACAUCAUGAGAAAAUACACACAGGUGAGAAGCCUUACCACUGCUCCCAGUGUGGAAAGUGUUUCAACCGGUCAGGGGGGCUGAAACGACACGAGAGAAUACACACAGGGGAGAAGCCUUUCCACUCCUCCCAGGGUGCAAAGCUUUUGCCCAUUUAGGAAGCCUGAGAGAACACAUGAGACUGCACACAGAGGAGAAUGCUGACAAAAGGCCAGACUGUGAGAAAACAUAUUACUCAUAACAGUCACUUAAACGUCUUUAGAGAAUCCACACAGGAGAGAGAAAUGACUUCUCUUAGCGUGUAUAUUGAUAUUUCACAUCACAUUGACUUAAAAUUCAUCAGAGAACACACACAGUGCUCCCGUUGUCUUAUAUUGUACACUGACAAUGUGUUAACCUGUUUUUACCAUAUUAAAUUGUUUCUUCCAAUUAUUGAUAAACAUGUACCUGUUAAGAAACUGACUGUUAGAACUGUUAAGGCUCCAUGGAUUGAUGAGGAAUUUAAAAACUGUAUGGUCAUUGGUAAAAAUAGAAAAGAGUUGAGGUCCUGGAAAGAGUUUUAACCAGAAAGGACACCUGAACCAACAGGGGAAAAUACACACAGGGGAGAAGCCUUAACACUGCUUAACACUGCGAUUUGGUUGGGUUGUGUAUCGGAGGACGCAUGACUUUGACCUUCGUCUUUCCCGAGCCCGUACGGGAGUUGUAGCGAUGAGACAAGAUUGUAGCUACUAACAAUUAGAUACCACGAUAUUGGGGAGAAAAAGGGAGGUAAAAUUAAACAUUUUAAAAAUUAAAACACAUGAGACUGCACACAGGGGAGAAGCUUUACCACUGCUCCCAGUGUGCAAAGCGUUUGCCCAUUUAGGAAGCCUGAAAGAAUACAUGAGAAGGCUUACAAAAUACUCAGACUGUGGGAAAACAUAUUACUCAUCACAGUCACUUCAACGUCAUAAGAGAAUCCACACAAAAGAGAAGAAUUACUUGUAAUAUUGAUAUUUCACAUCACAUUGACUUAAAAUGAAUCAGAGAACAUACACAGUGCUCCUGUUGUCUUAUAUUGUUGACUAAGAAUGUGUUUACUUGUUUUUACCAGAUGAAAGUGAAUUGUACAAAGUAUACUUAAACAUAUAGUUGUUUGUUUCUAUUAGAAAACAUGAAUUGAAUAUGGAGUCUGUCAGUUUGAAUAUAAAGAAGAUCAGGUUCCAUGUGUUUAAAUGGUCCUUUUUUUAAACUCUGUGUGUUUAUCUGGGUGUGUCAUUCCUCCAGCACUACAGAUAAUCAAGUGAUAUUUGGAUGUGAUGCAUUUGUUCCAUUGUUGACAUUUGCAUUGUUGGCCCACUGAUGAUUUAAUGAAAUGAAAAUGUUCAGACUCUGUAAUGGAAAAUGUUAGUUGUUUGUGUGUCCACAUAACUGAGUAUGUGACUAACCUUGUGAAACUGUCCUAUUAUAAUCUCCUGUUCUUGGGACUAUCAUUAUGUGUUGCAAACCAAUUUACACCUGUGUCCUUGUAUGAAUAAAGUCCCACCCAGGAAUAGGAAACUAUAAAGAUAUGUGCUCAUCACCCAAUGCUUCAGGAAUUCAGACUGUCUACACUGUUCUGUGUAACUCUGUUAUUCUCUCUGAGCUCAGAAAUAAAGAAUCUUGGUUUGA